GAGCUGAAAGAAAGGAAGGUACUUCAGUCCACAUCUGACAGGCAUUUCCACAGUGCCAGCAACCUGGUCACAGAGAGAAAGUUUUAUCUGAACACCCUUUCUCUGAGGAUGAACAGUUUUCAUGCUACAAAGUCCUAUGUGCUCAUUCUGCUUAUCGCCCUAAUGUGUGCACAAAGAGCUCAAGGGCUGGAGUGCUACAAUUGUGUGGGGGUCCCACUUGAUGCUUCCUGCCCAUCAGUUACCUGCCCCUACUCUGAUGCAUUCUGUGUGACUCAGGUUGCAGAAACUACUGUGGGGUCUCACAAAAGCAAACUGAAGAACAAUCUCUGCCUUCCCAUUUGCCCUGCUAAUCUUGAAAGUACGGAGAUCCUGGGUACUACUGUCAACAUCAAGACUUCCUGUUGCAAGGAAGACCUCUGCAAUGCAGCAUUUCCCACUGGAGGCAGCACCUGGAUCACAGCAGGUCCAGGGGUGCUUCUGUUCAGCCUGGGCUCAGUCUUCCUGCAGACUUUCCUGUGAUGGGCCUGCCACCAUCCCCCCAACUUGUCCUUUUAUCCUCAUGUGAAACCACUGCUUCCUGGAGCCCUCUAGUGAUGAAUUCUAAGUUAUAAAAUCUCUGAGGUGGGGUUGAGUGUGGAACAACUUGUUUCAACUUUAUAGGCCCUUUACAACUGGGUAGGUUCCCCACUUCUCUCUAGGGCUUUCAGAUCUGUACUUCCUGGAAUGCCAUUUUGUUGUGGCUUGCUACUCCUGGCCCUGGAGGUACAUGGACAGCACAGGGAAGAGGCAGAAUUCCAAGGUAUUAUGCCACCAUGACAUAUAGAUAUCUGGGGUCCUGCAGUGUUCCCACAAGUACAGAUCAAUGUCCCCCUGUUGAAUCCAAUAAAUCAUUUGUUCUCCCAG